AUGUGUGAUCUGAUGUCUACCCCGCCGGCGCUUCGCAUGGGCAACCAGGUCUUUCCGAUCUCGACCGCAGUGCCUCGCAUGUACGUGCUGAAUGUCAUCAUCGACGACGUCAACCUGGGCGCUGUAGAAGUAAAUCGCACGAAGGUAGACGCUCACCUGUGGCACCGGAGGAUGGGCCACUGCAACUCGCGAGCGCUGCAGCAGCUGGCGGACAAGGACACUACCGGAAUCAGGUUCAAUCGCAACAUCGAACCAGGUGACUGCGGUGUUUGUGCGGUUGGUGACAGUAAGAAGGGCAGCCACCCCCCGUCUAACCGUCCCCUCUCGGAGACUCGGCUGGAAAUUCUAAAUGCCGAUACGUGGGGGAAACAUCCUAUUGCUACAUACGGGGGUUGCCAGAGUGCCGUGAUGUUUACUGAUGACGCUACUCGCAUGAGGUUCGGCUACCUACUCAAGACGAAAGACGAAACGGCCGAAGCUCUUCAAACUCUGGUUCGGGACGAGGCCGACCCGCUUGGUCAGAGCAUCGGCACGGUGCACUGCGACGGGGGAGCGGAGUAUUUGGGAAAGUUUCUGGCGCUAUGUAUGUCGCUCGGAAUCAAGCUCACGAAUAGCCCCCCCUACGUCCCGCAAGGGAACCCCAUCGCCGAGCGUGGAUUUGGUACCAUCAUCGGCACUGCCCGCAAGCUUCUCUUGGGAGCACCGCACCUUCCUCAACAGCUGUGGGGGGAGGCUUUCAUGACUGCAAUCUACCUCAAGAAUCGGACCCCGACCGAAGUCCUGGGCGGCAAGGCACCACUCGAGGUAUGGGAGGGGAAGCCGCUCGGAAAGAUGCUUCACAUCCACGAGUGGGGGUCGCUGGCUUUUAAGCACGAAGAGGUACGCGCCCGGUCGAACAAGUUGGCGGCCAGGGCCAAGAAAAUGUGCCUAGUAGGCUGCAACUCCAAGGGUAGGUCGUAUCGACUUUGGGACCCUUCGGAGCCUCUCAAAAUCACCAACUCCGUGGAGGGCAAGAUCCUCUCCCCGCGCCUAACUCAACAUUCUAUCGGCCUGGUCUGGUAG